UCUACAAGUAACAUGGAUUGUUGGCCUCUCUCUGUGAAAGGUUAGAACUGUCAAAUGCACAGUAACUACAAAUAUAUAAUAAUUUUAUAAUAGUGCACUAUUACUUCUUUUUAAAUAAAAUCCUUCCAUGGCGAUUCUGCAUCGCGCCUUGUUUGCGUGGUUCAAUGUGCUCAUAUUUAUGAUUGUGCUGGCCCUGAGACUUGAUCAGAAGAUACAAUGGAAUUGGUUUAUUGUUUUCAUCCCAUUGUGGCUCUAUGAUAAUUUUCUGCUUAUAUACAUUGUUUUCAACAUGAUCUCACACUGCAAGAAUCCGCUUAAUAGGCAUAUUAUCAGUCUGCAUCGAAAAGCAUGGUACAUGACUAUUGUACUUAUGUUCAUGUGCGCCAAAGUCCUAAUUUGUCUCAAACUUGAAGCACCUCAUUGGUUUUUACCUGGAAAAAUAGUAGUGGCACCUUUCUGGUUGCUUCUUCCAGCAUUAACAGUGGACAUCUUCAUCCAUUUAAUACAACACUCCAGAUACUGACGAUGGAUAAAUCCAACUUUGCUUCCUAAGUUACCUAAAGAAAUGUAUGUAUCAUUAAAAGCAAAAUACUAAAUAAUUUAAUUUUUAAUGUAAGGAAUUAAUCCAUUAAUAUGUUACGGAUACUGUGCUGUAAUUUUUGUAAUAAAGUAUACAAUUACUCUUGUCACAAUUG